AUGGGAGGCUCACCAUCGCCGGCGCGCAAGAUGCACGGUGCGUCCCUAGCGUCUGCGCUGCUGCUCUGCUCCCUCUUCGUGCGGCCGUCGCAGGCAUUCGGCGACCCCGGCGCGUACAUUUCUCGGCUGCUUGGCGAGGGCUACAGCGAGGAGAAGCUCCCAAUGACCAUCGUAGUGCCGUCGGUGCCAGACAACUCCCCGCGGCCAGCACCGUCCUCUGCCGCUGUCGCCGCACCGGCGCCUGCCCCCACGCCAACACCCGCGCCCGCGCCAGCGACGGUGCCCGGCUCGGAGGACUACAUGCCGACGCUGCCGUCGGAGGGGCGGGGCCCUGGCGCGCCGUCCAGCGGCAGCGCGGGCGCGCCGGCGCCUGCCGACGGUGCGAGCACCGCCUUCAUUAGCAGCAACCCCGCGGUGCCGCUCCCCGCCGGCGUCACCGACUCCGCCACCGUCCUUCCCAUGCCCACCCCCGGGCAAGAACAACGCCAGGACGUGGGGGCGGGGACGCUGCUUCAGGCCAGGACGGCGCCGUUGGUCCUUCCUCUCCUCAUGGUGGUGUCCUUCCUUGCCUUCCUGUUUGGGUAG